GAGAGAGAGAGAGAAGGCAGAGGGGGCGUGACUCUACACUGAGCGGCGCUUGACUAUACAAGUUUGGGGACGGGUCUCUAUCUCUCUAUACAGACACAGGAGAGGAGCGUUUUCAAAACAACUCGUAACGGGUACAGCGAUUUGAGGCGUUUUGACACUAUCCACGGCUUCCAGGCUCUCUAAAUCCGAUGGAUUGUGGAAAUAAAGGUGAACCCUGGAACUGUAAAGGAGAUGCUUUCUCCUUCAUGGAAUAUAAUGAAUCCACCCCAGCGAAGUCCUGUGGUGAUCUCACAUAUCAUGUUGCUGCUCCGGACAGUGCUUCAGGAGAUAUGGACGAUGACUUGGAGUACAGGCGGGAGUCUUCACAGGUUAAGAGGCGGCGAAUGCUGCAGUUUGAAAAUGAAGUCUUUGAUGGGUCUCUUUGCAAUGAGAUGCCUUUGAAUUUCCUAAAGUCUAAGGAGCGAAAUGAGUUUUUGACAGAUGAUUUCUUCGAAAUGACGCAAUGGGAUUCCGAGUUUGCAGAUGAUAUUCCAAGUUGUGAUUCCUUGGAUCCAUCAUCUGAAAGAUGGGUAGCCGAUUGUCUUAAUGAACCUGAUAUUCAUUGCAGUUCAGAGGACAUGAUUCUAUCAGAUUUGUGUCACCCUUCAUUAGAAAAUGAAGCUGCAUUCACUCAAAGGAAACAUAUUCAGAUUCCUAAAAAUAUCAUUAUCAAAGGUAGAAUGUCUUCUUACAUCCGAACUCCACCAAAGUCUACUUCGUCGGUUGCUUAUCCCUUUGCAUUUGUUAAACCAUGUGGUGUUCAUGGAGAUGUAACUCUAAAGGAUAUAAACCAACGGAUUCGUAUUCCACCACCACCAGAAAAACGCAAGCAAGGGACUGAUAAUUCUUCUUCUGCCUACCCAACUUCAGCUUUUUCUGGAAAGCCCGUCGUUGGGAAAACCAAAAUCCGAACAGAGGGAGGUAAAGGCAGCAUAACCAUCACAAGGACAAAGGGAUGAUGAGUUUGAGUUCGAGAAGUAGGCAUGCUAACUGGCCAUGUAAAGGAGAUGGUCUUUUUUCAAGUACUCUGUUUCGGCAAAUUAUAAAGUUCUUUUGUUUUUUAUGAGCGGUCCAAAUAACGCAACGACGGAAGUGGAAAUUUGAUGUGUUGAAGAUCUUGGGAGCCUUGUUAAUCUUUGGACUGCAUUGUGCAUAUAAAGAAGGAAGCAUGUGGUAUUUUCUAGCCUAUUUUAUUGAGACUGUAGAAUCUUAGUGUUUAAUGGUUAAGAUGAAAGAAAAUUUAGCUUAAGGGAAGUAUGUAACUUCAAUUUUUGAACCAAAGAAAAUGAUAUGUACUUCAAUACAGUUAUUUUGUUCUUAUAGGGAUGAUUAUCAGCUCUGGCAGUAGUGGUGCAGUCAAUAACUAUUUGUUGCAAACUUGACCAUGUAUUGUAACAGUUUGGUUGGUCAAUCAUAUUUGAGUUUUUACAAAUUA